AUGAAAGGUGAACUGCUUUUGCUUUCAAGUAUAAUUUUAUUUAUCCAUGGGGUAUGUGGCUUCCCAGAAAUGUGCUUUUGUCACCCAUCUUCUAAGACCGUAGACUGCAGCAACCAGGGACUUACUGAAGUUCCUUCCAAUUUACCUGCUCAAACUCAGAUACUGUACUUGCGGGAUAACCGGAUUUGGAUAAUCAAUGAAUCAUCAUUUAAUGAAACAGCUUGGCUCAAAAUCCUAGACUUAUCUAACAAUUCUCUUUCAACUCUGUCACCUGGUGCUUUCCAUGGCCUUCACUAUUUACAGGUUUUAAACCUAACCCAGAACUCUAUUCGUACCCUAGAAAACAAGAUUUUCAACUCACUCCCACAACUGAGAGAACUUGAUUUGUCAUCUAACGGCAUAGUGCACCUGCCUGAAUCCCUGGGGGAUGCCAAAGAGAACCUAACUUUAUUUGCAGUCCAACAAAACCAACUUCAGCACAUAGAUCGAGUUCUCCUAGAAUCCUUUUCCAAUCUAAGAGUUUUACUUUUCAAGGAUAACCUCUGGAAAUGCAAUUGCCACUUACUUGGUCUUAAACUCUGGCUGGAGAGCUUUAUAUAUAAAGGUGGAAUCAACGAUGAAAUUAUCUGUUCUGCACCAGAAAACUGGAAGGGAAAGAACCUCCUUAAAAUCCCUUAUGAGUUCUACCAGGCAUGCCCUCCCAUAAUGGCUCAAAGGGUUAGCUCAAGUACUCUUCCCCUGGGCACAGAGCAGGGGAAUAUGCUGAAACCUGCCCAACACGAAGAAGAGGGAGACAAAAGCCACUCAGACUGUCAACUGAAACCAAGGCCCCGGCCCACCAAUCUGCGCCAUGCCGUUGCCACUGUAGUGAUAACUGGAGUUGUCUGUGGAACUGUGUGUCUAAUGAUGUUGGCAGCUGCUAUUUAUGGUUGUGCCUAUGCCGCAAUUACUGCAAAAUACCACAGGGAACACUUGGCCCAAGCAAAUGAGCAAAGGAGUCCAGAAGAAAAAGAGCCAUUUGAUAGUUCCUUGGCAUGA